GGCGGGGCAAGAGGCAGCCAGAGCGGCUUUGACAAUCCCAAGAAGCCAGUCCGUUUCUGUGUCUCUCUUCCCCGGACCGACGAGGCGAGGACCCGGGGCUGCCCGAGCCAGACUUCGUGCCAUGGCAGCCAUCAGGAAGAAGCUGGUGAUUGUGGGAGAUGGUGCCUGUGGGAAAACAUGCCUAUUGAUUGUUUUUAGCAAGGACCAGUUCCCAGAAGUCUAUGUACCAACAGUCUUUGAAAAUUACAUUGCUGAUAUUGAAGUAGAUGGGAAACAGGUGGAGCUGGCUCUCUGGGAUACAGCUGGGCAAGAGGAUUAUGACAGGCUGCGGCCUCUCUCUUAUCCAGAUACAGAUGUUAUCCUUAUGUGCUUUUCCAUUGACAGUCCAGAUAGUUUAGAGAACAUACCAGAAAAAUGGACACCUGAAGUGAAACAUUUUUGCCCAAAUGUGCCCAUCAUCCUUGUAGGAAACAAGAAGGACUUGCGGAAUGAUGAUCACACACGCAGAGAGUUGGCAAAGAUGAAACAGGAGCCGGUGAAGCCGGAAGAUGGCAGAGACAUGGCGAACAGAAUCAAUGCUUUUGGCUACCUUGAAUGCUCCGCCAAGACAAAGGACGGAGUGCGGGAAGUGUUUGAAAUGGCCACCCGGGCUGCUCUGCAAGUCAGAAAGAAUAAAAGGCGCAAAGGUUGCCCACUCUUUUAAGAGUGUUGGCAAAAGCUGUGACUGUGCUGUUUGAAGCAUGCGCCGGUUCCACGGAUUGCAUGGAAGCAAGCAUGGCAUCUCGAUAGAUGGAAGAGUACAAGUUUAAUAUGAUAGUUGGCUGAUUUCAGCCUCCAUUCUUCUGUACAGAAAAGGCCACCCAGGGUACUCCACAGCAGUGAACUGUCGGUCUUUCCUUGGCCUAUACCAUAAUUUUGUAUGUUUGGGAAGUCAAGAUAAAUCAUUUGAAUCCUUUUUGUAAUGAUUUGGGUAUAGGGCCGACAGUUUAUAUGACUUAAUUCUAUACUUCUUGCUCUUUUGUACUAAUUCUAUAAUUUGGUGCUUCCAUGGAUUUUCACAGGUCUAUGUUUUCACAAAUAACAGACGAUAGACAUUUGGAAUUCUGCAACAUAUGAAGCUGGACUACAAGCUAAUGUAUUUGCCAGUCUCUCUCCAUAACCUGAAAGCUUGCAAGGGGCUGCCAAAAUGUUCAUAUGAAUGUCUGGGGAGGAAUCAGCCUCUAUUGGAAUUCGUGCUCUCUAUUGCACUUCAGUCUGAGGAACAUAGGCUUAUGUUUUGACAAUACUAUAUUCUCAGCUCCUUAUUAAAUUAAUUUGAUUUUA